ACCGUCCGUUUUGUUUAAAUUAGCAGGCGGAUUUUUUAAAACUCUUUAGUUAUUUGUGUAGAAACAAGUUUCUAAACGGAUUUUUUCAAAAUUAUCGAAAGUGGAAAGAUCCAGGAUGAACCGAGCAUCCAGCAGUAGGCUCUCUGAGCUCCCUCAAAGAGUUGAAAGCAACAGAAUGAGUAUGGUUUAUGCAACACCACAGAGCAAACAAUCCUUUGGAAAGUUGAACAUUCCUAAACCCCAGUCUGUCACAUCCGAGAGAAGAACCAGCUUUUUUGGUAGUCGGACCAGUGGGACUGGCGUGGCUCGCAACAGCGCCUUUGGUGGCACAGAGAAGAUGAAGGAUCCCCGGCCCUUACACGAUAAGGCCUAUGUUCAGCAGUGCAUCAGACAGUUGUGUGAGUUUCUGUCAGAGAAGGGCUUUUCGGGUUCAAUGUCAGUAAAGUCUCUCCAGUCGCCCUCCACCAAGGAGUUCCUAAAGAUCUUUGAGUUCAUCUACUGCCUCCUGGACCCCACCUUCCAGAUGCCCACCUCCAAAGUGGAGGAAGAGGUCCCCAGGAUUCUCAAAGACUUGGGGUAUCCAUUUGUUCUCUCCAAAAGUUCCAUGUACUCUGUGGGGGCACCACAUACAUGGCCACAGGUCUUGGGGGCUGUUGUCUGGCUCAUCGAUACUGUGAAGGUCUUUUGCUGUAUGAGUGAUCAGGACCUGCUCUUUGCUGAUUUCUCUGACGGAAGCACUGAGAUUGAGGACGGGGUUGAGUUCAACAAGCUCUUUCUGGACUACACCGCUGAAACAUACAACAAGUUCAUGCAAGGAGCGGAUACAUUUGAUGAAGAGGAUGCAGAUUAUCUUGCUAAACUAAAGAGACUUUACAACGUUGACGAAGGGCUUCUCGCAUCCAUGGAGGAGAAGUACAGGAUUCUGAGUGAUGAGGUUGAACGACUGGAGAAAGAAAGUCAAACGGACCGAUUGAUGGUCAAAAGAACGGAGAAAGUCAAACUUCAGACAGACCUGCAGAAGCUGCAGAGUUAUCGCAGUAACCUGGAGUCUUUCAAAGCCAACCUGGAGAACAAAGCCUCUGGAUUGGCCGAGGAGCUGGAAGCAUCGGGACUGCAAGUGGAGACCCUAAAACAGGAGGAGUCCCGGCUCCAACACAUCUUGUCCACCCAGAAGUUCACUCCCGCAGACAUUGAGAGGAUCAACUGGGAGAAGAGGGAGCUGCAGCAGACCAUCAACAGCCUGAGCAAGAGCCUGGAGCAGGCCGAGCAGCACAUGUGGAACGAGGAGAUCGCUCUGGCCAAGGCCAAGGAGACGGCCGAAGUGAAGCUGGCCGAGUACCACAAGCUUGCCCGCAAACUGAAGCUCAUCCCCGUGUCUGCCGAGAACGCAUGCGGCCACGACUUUGAAAUCAGGACCUCCACAGAAUACGGACCGUCCACCGUGGUUCAAUGCAGAACACAGAUUCAACAACUACUGAGGAAACUGAUCACUGAUGUGGACGAGGAGUGUAGUCGACUGACAGACAUGAAACUAAGCCUGGAGGAGUCCAUAGAACAGGUGAAUUCCAAUAUUUCAGAUAAAGCGAAUGACUUGAAACAACUGAGAGAGCAAAUCCGUAGGCUCGACGAGCAGCUCGAACAAGACAUGCAGGACAUUGCCCAUGAGGAGCAGAAGUGGUCUGCUGAGAUGGAGUCUGUGGAGACCCACCGCAAGCUGCUGGAGAAGAAGGUGACCCUGGGCUAUGAUGAGUCUGUGGAGCAGCUAAAAGCUGCACAGCAACAGUACCAUCUUGUCCUGCAAGAAACCAAUGAGGAGCGGCGGACUGUGGUUAACAACCUUGCCAGUGUGUUAACCACGGCUGCCAACCACCUGUCCAUUGUAGAGAAAUUCUUAGAGGAUCAACACAAGCGAGUAGACAGGGUGUACGCGGAAGCUUUCCGGGAGGACGAGGUGGACAUUCAGAAGAUGAAGGACAUUAUGGAGAGCUUCAUCGCUAAAGUAAAUAGCAUGUAGUUCCAUGCUUUACUAUAAAAGCUGACAUGAGCUCUAACUCUUUACUUGGUUAUUCCAUUCAUUCCAUUGGAACCAUCCCAGCGGGCAAAACUUGGUUUGUUGUGACAACAGAAACUAGUUGAAAUGACAUCAUUGACAACCAGUUUUGCCUGUUGGGAUGAGUGCAGCUUUUCUUCUCUUCUAAGUGACGUCUUUACUGACCACGGUGAGCAGAACAUCAGUUCCAAAGGGCCGCACCAUCUUCUGCAGUUUCCCUGGUCACUGCUCUAAAGCAUUGGGAACUUGUGAGACCAGAUGGGAAGACUGUAUUGGGUGCUGGUAGAAAACAUGUUUCAAUAGGAGUUUUACUUUGUUCAAGUACCCCUGGGUUAGAUAAUGGGUGUUAAACCUCUUUGUAAGGUAUUUUAAUGUUGUGGUGGUUCUCAUAUCAGCCACUAGAGGGCAGUGUAAAGCUAGAUUUAAAAUACAACAGUUUCUGGUCGGGUGAAAUUUAUAUUAUGGUUUGUUUUUCGCUGCAGUUUGUGAUGCUUUAAAUAAAGAUACGUAUCCCCAAUA